GGAUUACUGUGCUGUCUGCCUCUUUCUCAUGUCUCAAUCCAGUUGUGUUUUUGAUGCCAGAACCCUUCAGGUUAUCUUAGUCAGUCCAAAGACAAUGAUGAGACAUGUGAUGCCUAAUAAGACACUACUCAUAUAAACGCUCACAAUGUCUGCCAAUUUGUAUCAGUACAUCAUCUUAAUAAUAUGUAGAGUCACUGCAGUGUUCACAGCAAUCAGACUCUUGGUUUGUGUUACUGUAGUUACUAGUCAGAGUACAGAAUCUGCAACAUGUCAGUGCAGCACAGGUAGCCUCAUAAAAAUGCCUCUACAGGCAGACCGGUUUGACUUUCCUUAAACAACUGGGCUGAUUGCAGAUUAUGUGGGCCUCAGUGAAACUAAAUAUUGGCUUUGGCAACUUUCAAUUGCAGUAUCUUUUCCUCAUCUCACCCUGACUUUCGUCUUGUACACACAUCUGUGGGUCAUAGAAGAGUGUGAUCCUGUGUUGGAAUGAUUCACAUCUGCGAUGACGUCGUGCUUGUGGAAAGUGUGGAUAAGGAUGUGUGUGUGAACAUAGACAGAUUGGGGCCAGUCAUGGAGCCUGAGCUGAACUGCAGCUCCCAUUGUAAAUCCCCACUUUGCUUCAUCCACUCUGGAGUCCACAGGCAGGAGGGCCUCGACAUUUUGCAGAGACUAUGUAGUCUCACCGUGAUGGCAGUGGAGCUCCCAAGGCGGCCCCUCUCCCCAGUGCUAAGUGCUGUUGUGUGGACGCUGCUCUCCUGUGGCAUCCUGCUGGCUUUCUGCUUCCUCCUCUUUACCUUGCGCUUCAAAAACAACAGGAUAGUGAAGAUGUCUAGUCCCAAUUUGAAUGUCCUGACUCUCUUUGGAAGUGUCCUCACCUAUAGCAGUGGCUUCCUAUUUGCAGUCGAUGAACGAGCACACUCACAUGGUGGACCAUCUACAGCUGUGCUACAAGCCCGCAUGUGGACUCUUUGUGUCGGCAGUACGCUAGUGUUUGGCCCAAUUUUGGGGAAGACAUGGAGACUAUACAGAGUGUUCAUGCAGCGAGUGCCUGACAAGAGAGUGAUCAUCCGAGACAUCCAGCUGAUGUGCAUGGUGGCUCUGUUGAUCCUGGUGGACAUGCUGGUUCUCACUGCGUGGAACCUCACAGAUCCCAUCAGGUGUUCACAGUCUGUUGGGGCUGUUGUCAAGGUGGUGGAGAGAGACAUCUCGUACUCUUUGUCUCAGCUGGACUCCUGUUCCUCUGUAUACUUUGAUCUAUGGGUUAUCAUUAUUGCUGUUCAGAAGGGUUGUCUACUUCUCUAUGGCAUUUAUCUUGCUGGACUAACCAGCAAUGUCAGCCACCCUCCCGUCAACCAGUCCCCCACCAUCAUAACCGCUGUCACGUUGGUCACCCUCUCUUCGGCUGUAGCUGUCCCUGUGUCCGUCUUCCUGCAGGCCUGGCCCAACCUAGUCUACAGCACUGUGGCUGGAGCCAUCUUCAUCUGCACACUGGCUACUAACUGCAUGCUAUUUGUGCCUCAGCUCACCCAGUGGCGGCAAUUUGAAGAGGAACAGAACAACCUAAGUCAGAUGGCAAAGUAUUUCAGCAGCCCCAGUAAGAGCCAGCCAUCUGUGUACAGCCAGGAUGAGAUCUACUGCCUGGUGGGGGAGAACAACUCCAUGAAAAAGCUCCUUAAUGAGAAGAAUGCUGUGAUUGACAGUCUCCAGGAGCAGGUAAACAACGCCAAGGAUAAACUCCUCCGACUCAUGUCUGCCAGCCAGCCGCCCGAGGACCCAGAUAUAGACUCCUCUGCCACCAACCUCAACUCCUCCUCCACUCAGACCACUGAGGUGCAGUCUGAUGCACCCUGUUCUUCUUCUCUUCCUCAGAGAGACACUAAAUGUGAACUCUCAACCCCUCAUCUCACUGUUGCUGCUGUUACAUUGUCUGAGUAUCCCACUGCUCCGAACUCCUCAGAUCUCAUUACCGCUUCUUCUCUCCCUCAUGAUAUGUAUCUGGGUGAAAACCAGAGCAGUUCUGUCCCCGGUCCUAUAGACAGAGACACAGCUGAGUCCAGAAAGAGGGAGGAUCUCAAACAACCCACAUCCUUCCCAUCCUGUGAAUUACACGGGACAAUAAAGGAGACAGUUAAGUUUGCCACCUCUCUACAAUGCCCUAGGGGGUUAAACUCCUUUCAGGUUGAACCUUGUGGCAAACACAGUGAUCUACCAUCUUAUCUGGGACGAAAUACCAGACUGACUGGUUUUGUUAGCAGUGAACAGUUGCAGGAAAUCCUUCACGAGCUGAGUGUGGAUGCUGUCAUGGAAUCCACAGCCAGGGUGCCCUCUGAGCUAAAAUUUACAGAAACCUCCACACACUCUCCUUUCUCCCUGAGGACCCCACGCUCCCCUCAUCCACCUCCUGUACAUCCCUGCAUCUCCCCCUAUACAAUGAGAAAACGUCGGCCACCUUUCCGCUCAUCCGGAAGAGGUUUGACCCUUCCUUGCUUCUACAGAGGUUGUGGCAAGAAAAGGGAAAUCAAAUGCCAACACCCAGGCAAAUAUCCUGAUGGUGUCACUGUAGAUGUUACUCUCCUCCAGGUUAACAACCGCAAGCUUGAGCUGGAGGGGGAGCAGGAUGAGGAAGCAGAGGGGCAUGGUGUGAUAAGACAGUGUGUUUCAAAAUGUCACAGAUGUGCAGUCUUGCACUGUGCAGAACACGAUCACGCAGUUCCACCUGAUGUGGAAGCAGGCAGUGAUGAUGAGCAGCACCAUAGACACAUUCGAAACUCCUGUGGGUACUGGGACUCAGAUUCUAGCAGCUCAACAGAUUAUUGCUACUACCACCGUCCUUACUGUGCCUCCUGCGGGCAGCAGGACUCACUCUUGUCCUCAGGCAGCUCGUCAGACUCUUCUGACAGCGAGUACGAAGGCUACGCCAGCCUUUAUCGCACCCCACACCCUGUGGUAUUCAAAGAAGACCUCAAACCCACCUUUGUAUGAGCAUAGGUUUGCUGCACUUUACAGGUUAAUCCAUUUCCACCACUUGAAUUCAUGAAGAAAAUUAGCUAUAAGGAUAAACAAGGUUCAGUGUGCAAAAGCUAAUGUGCAUUUAUAAUGGGAGAUCAUUUGACUGCAGCUUUCAGUAGGAAUGUAUUUAGUAUUCUGUAUGAAGAGAAGGUUGAUGUUCUUGAAUCUUGCUUUGUGGACACAGUGGCUCUUUUACACGACAGAUUUGUGAAAGCAUUUGCAGCUCAAAACCAGACAGUACUGUUUUUUUUAAAUACCUUAUGGCCUUAUUUGUAUAUGUCUACAGCUAGGUGAAAACCAUUACAUUCAAAGACUGUCUGACAUUUAGCCUAACUAAUAAAAAAGUAAGCAAAAUUAAAGGGUUUUAUAGAACGGUUGAAAUGAGCACUAUAUUAGCAAUUAUGCUAAUGCAUUAUUUAUUUGAAUAUUUAUUAGUAGAUGUUUUGGUGUAAAGAAUUGCAUGCAUUUUGUUUGAGCUUUGCUUUAAUUGUCAAAUGUCCUACACUGUCUAUACAAUGCUCUACAUUUAUCACAUACUUUCCAUCUAUAGAUAGUUUAUGAGAAACUGCACCCUGAAAAAAGGUCACUGCUAUCACUUUCUCAGUAUUGUUGCCCUGAUUCAUUCAGAGUAUUUAAUGUGUAAAGGUCACAGUUAUCUCAAGUGUGUGUCUCGUGUGUGAAGGAAAGCAAGUGCCCUGCUGCCCUUUGACCCUCAGGUUCACUACUUCAUGUUCAUUCUGGAUCUUUUCUUGUUUUAUACAGUAAAGCUCCACUACAGUAUGGGCAGCCAAACACAAAGGUUAUAAGCCACUGUCUCAUUGCAGGCCUGGAUUAACAUGCAAAUGGGCCACAGCAGCAAAAAUGAGACCCUGUUUAACCCCCACUCUCUCACAUCCCCCCACACAAUUUUACCCAGAAACCCACAAACCAACUAAUAUGUCUAUGCUGAAAUGCUACAGAGUAGAUUCAGAGUUUUUUUAAUGAAA